UCAAUUCUUCUUCGUUAAUCGUUAUUGUCCCUCUUCGUCUGCCGCCUGUCGUCAAGGCGCAGCUCACCGGCCCUCAGUUCCGACUCCGGCGAGAUCCGACGGGAGGACGACGGCCGCCUCCAACGCUUUCGAAGGGAGGGGGGAGAAGGCGAUUGAUCGAAGGUGAAGCGGACUCUGCUCGCGAACUGAAAAAGAAGCAUGGUGAAAGCGGUGGUCGGAGAAGAAGCCCAGCUGAAAUUAACCGAGGACCGCCUGUCCAGUUCAUCGAUUCCCGCUCAGGUGGGUCUUGUGAUCGGCAAGCUUAGCUCGAGCCUGGACAGAGGCUUUGUUUUCAGUUUGAUCGCGACACCGCCCAACGAUGAGGGACGACCUGCUUGUUCCCUCGUCGAGCCAGUCAAAGAUGACAAGAGGAAGGGGGCGAAGCAAUCCAAGUCCCAGGCAUCAUCGGAUUCUUCGUCGUUGGUAAUAGACAAAGAUUGGGUCGCUGAGCAUGCACGUCAGGUGUCCAAAAUGCUUGUGGGUGGCGUAAGGGUGAUCGGCAUUUUUGUAUGGGCCAGUGAGAGUGCGUUCAAGAAUUCGACCAUAGAAUUUUGCCAGACCAUAAAGGGAGUUGCAGGGGCAGCACAACCCCUCUCAGGGACUGACACUGAGGAGAGACUGCUCAUACAUAUUUCUUAUAGUCCAAGGAGGUGGAUAUGCCGAAAUUGUGUACUGGCAUCAAACAUCACGUCUAGCAGCCUUAAACCUUGUGAUUUCAAAAUGGGAAGAGUCUUAAAUUCUCUUCGGAAAUUUAAGUGUACUUACAACUUCAAUAUGAGAUUGCCUGUGAGACGUGAGAGUGCAUCAGAUGUCCAGAAGCUUGGUGAUGUACUUCAUAGUGGAAUUUCAGUCAUGGCUAAAGAGCUGAGAAGUGCAAGGGCUGUAGUUGAUGGAAACCUGGUCACCAAUGAUGCAACAUCCAUGUCAGAGGGUUUUCAUGAUGUUGAAUUACUUCUGCCUUUUAUGAAUGACACCUAUUUAGAAGCAAGCAGCUUAGAAAAUGUUAUUGGCGUACUUCUCUUCAGUGGCUCUGUAUGUUCGUUUGCUUUCCUGAGUUCAAAAGAGUCAAUUUUGCAAGCUAUUGCUGAUAUCAAGGCAGAUAUCAUCACAAGUCUGCGAAGUAGACUAGACAUUAUCCUUGAUGAGGCAGAUGCAGAUCUACGUCCGUUGGACAACGAAUGCAGGGAAUCUGGUCCAGAUAUACAAAUGGAAAAUCUUAUUUCGCAAGUUGACCUCCAGUCAUUGAGGAAACCAAGUGGUCUUUUAUUUCCCCGAAGAGUAUUUGCUCCUUGGCUGGCUGGAAUGUUCAUUUGCGACUAUUUACAACCAUCAGAGACGCUUGAGGUUCUUAAGGAUCAUUGUGCCGAGUUGAUGUCUAUGGAAGUUCUCACAGAUUCCUCCGACAUACUAGAACCAGAAGGAGAAGCCCCUUCAGUUGUCGCCAAGUGUUUUUGGGACGUAGCAUCACCAUCACGGUCGGAUUCUAAAUCUCUCUCAGAAAAGGUUGGUGCUGACCCAAAAAGCGAGGAAAGUAACGAGAAAUCUAAUAAGCAAUCCAAUCUAAGCACCGUGGCAGCUAUUCUUGUGCUUCUCCUCUCUGUUCUACUCGGAUAUUUGUUCCUUUCAGUGAGAGCAUCUUGAAAUCUUUUUUAGUAAGAGCAUCUUCAAGUAUGUUUUCACUGGAAGUUUAGCAGGUUUUCUGUUUUUUCUUACAUUAUCUUUGCUUUCUCUGUAGUAUUUUAGCCUCUGUGACUGAGUCAUUGCAGAGGAGACUGGUGUAUCACAUUAGGUAUUAUAUGCAUUUCCAGAAUAGUGGCUGGGUUUCGGAGCAGUCAAUCAUGGUUCAAGCUCCACACAAACUUGAUUUAAAGUGAGUCGGCAGCAUAACAUUGUAUCACUUCACUUGGCUGGUAUACACCCUCUCUCUACAUGUUGAUCAA